AUGGAGGAAGGUAAAGAGCCCACUGUAAUUACCAGGACAAGCCAAUCCAGGGUUUUGCCCCAAAGGUUGCUUCAAUUGCUUCUACCUUUUCUGGCUUUGUGUUUCACUUUCUCUGUUGUUAGUAUCUAUACGAUUAAGCAUUAUGGAGUUCAAAGUGUAGUUACUACAGUAAGGCCUACUUUACAGCCCUUCAUUGGGGAAGCACAGAAUAAUCUCGACCGUUGGAUCCGGCCUCCGGCCGAUUUGAUGCAUUCAAUGAGUGAUCAGGAGUUGUUGUGGAGGGCAUCUUUUGCACCCAAAGUCAAGAAGUAUCCAUUUACGAGGGUUCCAAAGAUUGCAUUCAUGUUCUUGACUAAGGGGCCAUUGCCAUUGGCACGUCUUUGGGAGAGGUUUUUUAAGGGUCAUAAGGGAUUGUAUUCAAUAUAUAUCCAUUCACUGCCAUCAUAUCAAGCUGAUUUUCCUUCCUCAUCAGUUUUUUACAAGAGACAGAUACCAAGUCAGGUAUCAGAAUGGGGAAAGAUGAGCAUGUGUGAUGCAGAGAGAAGACUUCUUGCUAAUGCCUUGCUUGAUAUCGACAAUGAGUGGUUUGUUCUACUUUCCGAGUCUUGCAUUCCCCUCUUCAAUUUCACUACCGUAUACAACCACAUAUCACAAUCCAAAUAUAGCUUCAUUGGCGCAUUUGAUGACCUGGGGCCAUACGGGAGAGGGCGCUAUGAUUACAACAUGUUGCCCGAGGUUAACAUCACCCAGUGGCGUAAAGGGUCUCAAUGGUUUGAAAUCAACAGAAAACUUGCACUCUACAUUGUUGAAGAUGUUAAAUUCUACCCAAAAUUUGCAGAGUUCUGCCGACCAGCAUGUUAUGUGGACGAACACUAUUUCCCGACUCUAUUGAGUAUUCAGGCUGCAAAUUCAUUGGCAAAUAGAAGCAUAACUUGGACGGACUGGUCGAGGGGAGGUGCUCACCCAGCUACUUUUGGACAAUCAGAUAUAACUGAGGAAUUCAUGAAGAGAAUUUUUGAGGGCCAAAAUUGUGUAUAUAAUGACAAGUCAUCUUCUAUUUGUUAUCUUUUCGCUAGAAAAUUUGCUCCGAGUGCCUUGGAAAAGUUGAUGUUGUUAGCACCAAAGUAUUUGGGAUAUUAA